GAUUUCGCCUGCGCUUUUGGUUCGGGUCUGGUCUUCUCGUGGGAGCCAUUCAUUUCGUCGCUUCUCUCGUUUCUUCUCGUCCCAGCGAGCCUCAGGGAGCCCGGACGAUGAAAUUGGGACCUGGCUGGUGAUUGUGCGUGCUCUACUGGGUGGCGCUGGGCUGCCGACGGUGGAUCGAACAUAAUGCAGCCCGCGGUGGGUAGGCAGGGUGCUCAAUUAGGCAAAUUUGGGGCGAGGUUUCUUCAGUUGGCGGGGCGAGCUUUCUCGUCGCAAUCUUCUGGGGCGCGUUCUCAAUUGGCAGCGCUGCAGGAGCGUCUCGCGAAGGACGAGCCGACGCUGAAAGAGUUUUUGAGUGCGUAUGAUGUGUCGGAUUAUUCUGUGGAGGUCGGGUCGAAGAAGAAUUUCAAGCCGAAGCCGGAAUGGAUGAAGAGAGUCAUUCCUGGAGGAGACAAGUAUACCACUAUCAAGGCAAAAUUGCGGGAGCUGAAUUUGAACACAGUUUGCGAGGAGGCAAGAUGCCCGAAUAUUGGUGAAUGCUGGAGUGGUGGCGAGACUGGUACUGCCACUGCCACCAUUAUGAUUUUGGGCGACACUUGUACGAGGGGUUGCAGGUUUUGUGCUGUGAAGACAUCAAAAGCACCACCCCCACCAGAUCCUGAAGAACCAAGGAAAGUGGCGGAGGCAAUUGUUGCUUGGGGUUUAGACUACAUUGUUCUUACGAGUGUAGACAGAGAUGACCUUCCAGAUCAAGGAAGUAACCAUUUUGCUGAGACUGUGAGUUUAUUGAAAGCUCGCAAGCCGAGCAUGCUCGUGGAGGCCCUUGUUCCGGAUUUUCGAGGAGAUUCCGGCUGCGUGGAGAGGGUGGCCACCUCUGGGUUGGAUGUUUUUGCUCACAAUAUCGAAACUGUUGAAGAGCUUCAAAGCGUCGUUCGUGACCGACGAGCCAACUUCAGACAAUCACUCGACGUCUUGAAAUUGGCAAAGGAGUUUGCUCCAGCAGGAACUUUGACAAAAACUUCCAUUAUGCUUGGAUGCGGAGAGACACCGUCUCAGGUUAUAAAAACAAUGGAAAACGUUCGAUCAGCUGGUGUGGAUGUAAUGACUUUUGGCCAGUACAUGCGUCCCACCAAAAAGCACAUGGCCGUGUCCGAGUACGUAACGCCUGAAGCAUUCGAUAAGUACAGGGAACUUGGUGAAGAAAUGGGCUUCCGUUACGUGGCAUCAGGCCCCAUGGUCAGAUCAUCAUACAAAGCAGGAGAGUAUUUUAUAAAAAAUAUGAUCGAGGCAGACAGGGAGAGGCAGAAUACAAGCAUUGAGGCUUCCUCCUGAAGGGUAUUGUGGUCAACAUAAAUAAGAAGGUGGUUAUGUAACAGCGAAGGAAGAGUUUGUAUCAUAAGGUUCCAAUUUGCUUAUAACCAAUGUAUUGUGUAACAGAGAAAAAUUAAAUUUUGGCUAUUUCAGCUCCAUCCUAGAAGUUAUCUGACCUUGGAGUCAUUUUUACUGUCAUCUGUCAGUGAAUUGUUUAAAAGUGUGAUUCUUGGUUGCAUCACUUGGAAUAUAAUUCUUCCGGGGAUUCAAUGGGUCCUCAAAGAUCAAAUUGACUGUGUUCCUAGAUU